AUCCAGCAAGGCAAGCAGAAACCCAACCAGGGAUAUAAAGCUCAAGCCGCGUGUGCAAGAAUCGCAACCCACACGCAUUCAGGGAGGCAGGCGUUUCCCUGAAAAUACUCAGCAAUAACGGUCGCCACAGGAGUCCUUGUAAUAAGCACAUGAUAAACGCAUCAUCGAAGUCACUAGCUUCUUAUUCUUGUCGAUUCCGAAGAGCCCUGAGAGCAGAGUUGAAGUUAUCUAUGAACCCUGAAUCUUGGUGACUCAUCCCAAACCUAAGCCAACUUCCGACUCUGAUAGAAAAAAAUGAUCAAUGAUUUUACGUGCAGCAAUCCCUGGUUAGAAUGUGCCCCGUCUUUCUAUGCGAAUGAGUGUGCAGUGAUCACGGUAUCGUAGCCAUUUCGAGUGAAACCUCUCAGAGCCCGUGUUUGUUGAGACUCGCAGAGUAUCUUCACCCUGGCUUGUCAUCCUAUCCUGCAUCCAGAUUCUGGGUUAGAGGCUCAUUUGGAGUGUGCAUGUGGCACACCGGGUGGUUGCCCGUGGAAGAGAAACCCUAAGGCACCCCACCCACGCCCGGUACUUUCUGUAUACCGUAAGAUUUCGUCGCUGUAAACUCGCUCAGUGAUUGCUGCAUCGCUAGCUGUGCAGGCAAGGAAAUGGAACUGGAGCGAUGGCGGAAGAGACUGAUAGAUAUGAUGCAGCAAGAAUUGAGUAACGACGACGACGAGGAUGCGAUGACGAACAUUUUGUUGCUCCAAGGGCUAAGUGCCGCGGUUGUAUCGAAGCGCAUGCGAGGGCCCCAUGGUGGGUCUAGACCAGGCCGGCGAGCUAAUGUGGAGAGGGGAAGACAGGUCGGGCAGGAGAGGAUAUGGCGCGACUACUUCGCGCAAUCGCCUGUGCAUGACGACAGAAUGUUUCGGCGUCGGUAUCGGAUGCGGCGUAGUCUGUUCCUCCGCAUCAUGAAUUCCGUGACAGCCCACGACGAUUUCUUUGUGCAACGGCGCGAUGCUUGUGGCCAACCGGGCUUGUCGCCCUUGCAGAAGUGUACUGCGGCGAUCCGCGUGCUUGUGGGUCGCCGCGGCCUUGCUGAUGCGUGCGACGAGUAUUGCCGCCUUGGAGAAAGCACAGCCAUGUUGUGUUUGAAGAAGUUUGUGAGGGCUGUGCGUGAGGUCUUCGAGGGGAGAUACCUUAGACAGCCAACUGCAGCGGACGUGCGGUGUCAAAUGGAGAACAAUGCUGCCAGAGGCUUUCCUGGCAUGUUUGCAUCUUUAGAUUGUAUGUAUUACGAUUGGAAAAAUUGGAAGAAAGAUAGGAACAACGCCAUAAUCCUCGAAGCCAUAGUUGAUAAGCGCUCGUGGAUUUGGCACUGCCAUUUUGGACUGCCCGGUGGGAAGAAUGACCUGAGUCUCGUAGAUAGGAGCCCAGUGGUUGCCAACAUGCUGUCCGUUGCUGCAAAUGAGUUCAAAUUCUCGGUGAACGGGGUUGAGUAUCCGCGGUAUUAUUUGCUCACGGACGAUACCUAUCCCAGGUGGAGUGUGUUUGUGCAAACGAUUCAUGAGCCUCAAGUAGAGAAGAACUGUCUGUUUGCAGAGAUGCAUGAAGCUUGCAGAAGGGACGUUGAGCGCUGCUUCGGAGUGUUGCAAUCUCGCUUCGCAGUAAUUCAGAAUCCUUCUAGGCUUUGGGAUAAGGAGGUGGUGAGGGACAUCAUGUACGCCUGCGUCAUUUUACACAACAUGAUAAUAGAAGAUGAGCAAGACCUGAAUCUGGAGCCCUGUUUUGAUGAGCAGAUCGUUCAGUUGAGACGCGGGGAAUCAUUUGCUCUGGAAACGCAAGGCACUGAAGACAUAGAUGAUUUGGGUCGGCAUUUUAGCUUGAGGAAUGACUUGAUCGAGCAUCUGUGGGCUCUCCAGGGCAACAGCUAUUGAAUAGAAUUCUCAGCCUGCUCAUCCACAUUGCAGGUUGUAUCAAUCUACCUUACAUUUCUACUUACCAAUGUCCUUUAGUUGCGUUUUAGGUACUACCUUAAGCUUUAUGGAAGAACUAAAAAUCUGAUUUUCUUUCGAACUAUUCCUUCUCUAUUGUUUCACAGCUCGUAACAUCACGCGCACCUCUACGAAGCUCUAUGUACUCAUAUUCUGAAGAAGUCAUAUGGGCUUUCUAUAGGUUACAACCGUUGGUUGUACUUCUCAGAGCUUCAUGCUGCGUGGCAAAUGCCUUGCCUUUGUCCGUAAGAGAAAACCUCAAGAGGUCGACAUGCACACGAACAUCGUCGUGACAUGGCUACUGCAUAUUCAGCGGCAAUCGAAUUUUCGAUAGACAUGACACAACUUUUACUCACAGUGCUGCUUUGAGUAGGUUAUGGUUGUUUUUUGUCACCCAUUGCACCCAACAAAGUACCAAUCAAUCCACAAAGUUUAUGUUUUACUCUUUGAUCGAAGGAGCAAAACAACAAAUGUGCAGAUGAAUUGUGUAUCAAUUCCACAAAAAAGUGUCGCUGAUCGAAAUUGAUGAGUUCAUUUCUUUAA